CAUUAUUGUUAACUGAAUAUUCAUCUAUACUUUUUUCUUCGUCAUUCAUUUUUCUGAUCAACUCGAUUCUAUACUAAAAUAUACAGUAAACUCACAUGCUUUAUAAUUGUACAGAAAUCACAGACUCAUUCACAAAUGAUCGACGCCUUUGAGCAAAACUUAUCAAUCCAUAGCAUGACAUAACCCGUAUUAAACGAAGCAAUCAACGCCGAAAAAGACUAGUUAUGCCAGGCAAACGUUUGGAAAAAUGGGGAUAUUGCUGCGGAACUAUAACAAGAGAUAGAUUCAUCACAAUCUACCCUGAGCAGAUUCUGGACUAUGGUCAACUUCAAAAAUGGUACGACAAACAUAGUGGUUACAUCACCGCGUGGGAGAAAACUCCCAGGCCGAAGGGAGGCAUCAGUCGCAUAUUUAUGGGAGAAGGUAUCAGAGUCAUCCUCAAUGACGAGCUGGAGGAAAAAUUGGUAGUCGAAAGAAUGGUAUUCGACAACUGGCUGCUGACCGGCAUACUACGACCAGAGACCGAGAUUUCAGUAGAUAACGAAACAGCUCAACAGGAGCCACCAUCAUUCCUUGACAAAUUCAUCAAAUCACACCACUUCAGCUGUCCGGUGCAUGACACACAGAUAGAGAAGUCAAUGAAGACAACCGACUCUCUGUCGGGAGAGGUGACAUCCAAGGAGUUCAUGCAGUUCCCGGUGAGAGACGGAUACUGCGACCCCGACUGCACAAAGCACAACGUAAAAUGCCAGCAUUAUGACUUCACUGUCACAUAAACUAUCCGCUAAUCACAAGAUUUCAAUAAAUAUUUUCAAAUA